AUGGCAGAAAAUUUAUCAUCUAUUGGGUUUUCUAUUAUGCUUGAUUUUUGUAUAUUUUUGGUUCUGUUUAUAUUAUUUCUUAUUUAUAGAAAACUAAGAAGUCAAAAUAUUGAGUUAGAUCUUGGCGAUAACGAAUUUAAAGAGCCUUGCAUGAAUGAAGCGAAAUAUAGUUUAUCUGAAAUUUCAUGGAUGAUAAUGAAACUAUCUGAUCUGGAAAUAUCAGGAUAUCUUGGCGAGUGAGGAUUCUUGUAUAUAACUCUUCAUAGGUAUAUAUUAUACACAUUGUAUUGUAUUGGAUUUUUUGGCUUAUGCUUUCUUAUCCCAAUCUACUAUUAUGGAAGCUCAGAUUCUUAUAAAGAUUUAAGGCAAUAUAGUAUUACUCAUAUCAUUAAAGAUGAUAAAGGACUAAUUUUGCCAGCAUUGACAAUUUUACUUUUUUCACUUGUGGUUUAUUUUUUUGCAAGGCUUUAUUAUAAAAAAGCAGUCAAUUCUGAUUUUGUGAUACUAGCAGAUUUACCUCAAGAUUACGUUGUUUAUAUUUCAAACAUUCCAAGGCAAUAUGGGCCAAGAGAUUUCAGCCAUAAGCUUCAUUUAUGAUUGAAAAAAACUUAUGGAAAUGGAAUCAUGAAUGUCUAUGUGGUUCCAGAUUAUGGAGAAAUUAUUGAAGAUUAUAAAAAAUACGAAGAACUUUCUCUGAAAUUAAGCUAUCUUUUACACCAAGAACAAUUAGGGAUAGAAGGAACAUCACAAAAACUAUCUGAUGAGGCUAAUCCAAUAAAUCUCAUUGAAAAUAUUAAAUCAAGUAUGGAAGAUAUUGCUAAAAAGAUAAAAGAAAAUAUAAAUAACUCACAAAAUACAAAUUCAGGAGCUGCUUUUGUUAUUUGUUGUAACAGAUCUUUAUCUAGAGAACUUGCAGAGCCAUAUACUAUAAGUUAGUUAGUUAAAGUGUUAAACUGGCCAUAAGUGUUUGCACACUAGCCUUUGCCCCGUCUCGGCUCCAAGCGGGAAAUUCCUCUUCCCAUUGCUUUACUUGGUUUUCCGGUCUGAACCACUCGAACCCAAGGGUUAGCCCACCUGGGUUCUUCGCCCGCGUCUGAGCGCUCCGCUAGUCCCGACAGAGAAGGACUAGGUGGUAGGACAAAACCCAGCCUGGGCUGGGCAAACCUACUGCGGAGAAAUAAAACUUUAAACCGGGGAGGACAAGAGACUCCUUCUCCAUGCCCUACUAGACCCCAACCCGGUCUUAUUUCGGUCGAAUGGAUUUGUGGAGCCCUGCCUUGCCCAAAAUGGGAGAGACACCUCGGAGCUCAACUCCGUCAUACGUCACCAUUUUAUUUCUGAUAUACUAUAAGGAAUGAUUUAUUUCAGAGUUUAGAUUGACAUAAAAAUGAAACCCCUGCUCCUUCAGAUAUUAUAUGAGAAAAUAUAGGCACUCCGGAAAAUUAUCAUAGUUACACAGGAAUUUGUAUUAAUUUGCUGUUUAUUGUUAUUUUUCUUGUAAUUUUAACUCCUUCGUCCUUUUCUCUGUAUAUAAGUACAGGGCUUGAAGAGAUAGGAGUAAGAUCUUCAAUUGGGAAUGCUAUUGGGAUGUAUUUGCCUUCAUUAUUUCUUCUAAUUUACCAACAAAUUAUCUUACCUCGGGCUGUAUCUUAUCUUGUAAAGCUAGAAAAGCAUUACAAUUCAGCAGAAGCUACAAACAGCUGUCUUAAAAAAUAUUUAUUUUAUUUGGCAUUUUAUAUAUUUUUGUAUCCAGUCCUUGGACUACAAUUUUACCAAAUAAUUGAGAUGAUUUUAACCUCAGAAAAUGACUGGAAAAAUGAACUUGCUACAAGCAUUAUAGCCUCUUCACUGAAAUAGAAUGCUUUAACGCAAUCAUUAUGUCUUAGAUUGUCUAAUGCAUUUUUUUAUUUUUGAUGAAUCAGUUCUAAAUUUUUAAAAAAUAAAAUAAUUCUUUAAAAUUGCCAUUUUUAAAUUAACCGGUCUAAUAAAAAUGAUAUAAUCAACACAUUUUUAGUCACAAAGGCUAGCUCAUAGCAAUCUGUUAUGACUAAGAGGCCAUAAUGCUGCUGGCGAAUUUUUUACAAUUUUUAUGGUCCAUCAAGCAUUUAUAAAAAAUGGUUUGGAUUUAUUAAUACUCCCAAAAUAUGCAAAAGUCAAGGCAAAAUCGCUGAGAGCUUAUACAGAAAUAGAGAAAGCUUUAGCAUAUAGUGCAGAUGAUUUUGAUUUUUCAAUGGAAUUCGCAGUUACCUUGAAUACUUUAAUUAUUUGCAUAAGCUUUUCUAUAGUUUAUCCGAUAAUUCUGAUACCAAGCAUCAUUUUCUUUUUUAUCCGAGUAUUUGCUAUUUAG